AUGCUUACAUCUUCAGUCAACUUCCCAGCACGUGAACUUUCACGCAAUGUUCGCCCAACCCUCAAGACAGGUAUGACACUUCUUCAAGAUGGUGAUCUUUCUAAGGGAUCAGCUUUCACAAAGGAAGAACGUGACCGCCUCAACCUCCGCGGCCUUCUCCCAUACAAGGUCUUCACAAAGGAUGAACAGGCUGCUCGUAUCCGCCGCCAAUUCGAGUUGAUGCCAACACCACUCCUCAAGUACAUCUUCCUCGCUAACGAGCGUGAGAAGAACUCACAGUCCUUCUGGAGAUUCCUCUUCACACACCCACCAGAGGAGACAAUGCCAGUUCUUUACACACCAACUGUCGGUGAAGCUUGCCAGAAGUGGGCUACACACCGUCAGUCAUACCGUGGCAUUUACAUCACACCAGAAGAUUCUGGCAAGAUCAAGGACAUCCUCCGCAACUACCCACGCCAGGACAUCCGCUGCAUUGUCGUUACAGAUGCUGGCCGUAUUCUCGGUCUCGGUGAUCUCGGUGCUUCCGGCCUUGGUAUUCCAGUCGGUAAGCUUAUGCUUUACACACUUAUCGGCCAAGUUGACCCAGAUCAGACACUUCCAGUCCAAUUAGAUAUGGGUACAGACCGCAAGGAAAUCCUCGCCGACCCACUCUACCACGGCUGGCGCCAUCCACGUGUACGUGGCGCUGAGCACCUCAAGUUCGUUGAGGAAUUCGUCGCUGCCGUCAAGGAAGUCUUCGGCGAGACAUGCCUUGUCCAGUUCGAAGAUUUCGAAAUGGAAGCUGCUUUCAAGCUUCUUGAUCACUUCAGAUGGCGCUGCAACUGCUUCAACGAUGAUAUCGAAGGCACAGCUGCUGUCGCUGCUGCUACACUUGCUUCAGCUACACACAUGGAAGGUGUUCCAGAUCUCAAGAACCAGAAGAUCAUCUUCAUCGGCGCUGGCUCUGCUGCUACAGGUAUUGCUAACCUCAUCGUCGAUAUGGCUGUUUCCCGCGGUGGCAUCACAAAGGAGCAGGCUUACAAGAACAUCAUCAUGUUCGAUCACAAGGGUAUGGUCCAUUCUGGCCGUACAGAUCUUUAUGACUUCAACAUCCCAUACAUGCACGACAUGGAACACUACGGCUCAGUCCUCGAGGCCGUCAAGAAGUUCAAGGCUACAUGCGUCAUUGGUGUUUCCGGUGUUCCAGGACUUAUCACAAAGGAAAUCGUCCAGGCAACAUUAGAGAAUGCUGAGCACCCAGUCAUCAUGCCACUUUCCAACCCAACACCAAAGGCUGAAGCUACGCCACACGAUGUUUACCUUUGGUCCAAUGGCAAGGCCCUCUGCGCUACAGGCUCACCAUUCCCAGCUGAACAGGUCAACGGCAGAAAGAUCAUCACUGCCCAGGCUAACAACUCCUGGAUCUUCCCAGCUGUUGGUUACGCUCUUGUUACAACACAGGCUCGCCACUGCCCACCAAAGGUCUUCGAAAUCGCCGCUGAAUCUCUUGCUUCCCUUGUUAAGAAGGAGGAUCAUGACCAGGGCAACCUUCUUCCACCACUCAACAAGAUCCGUGAAUACUCAUUCGGUAUCGCUUACGAUGUUUCCAAGUACCUUAUCGACAACGUACUCGCUACAGCUGUCCCACCAAAGGGCACAUCCCUCAAGGACUGGCUCAAGGCUCAGCUCUUCGAACCAUCAGCUGAAUAUGAUCCACUCUACUAA